CAGCUCUAACGUUAAUUUGACACUUAACGUUACGUCGGAAUUACGGGAGUUACGUGAAGUGACAUUAACGUUAAUUUGUCAGUUAACGUUACGUAGCAACGAUGGGAGUUCGGUGCUGUUACGUUUAUUUGGUCGUUAGUUAGUUUGACUGUUAUGUGGACCUGACUGCUGCAGAGUACAACCUGUCAGACUGUCAGGAUGGCAGAGAGUUUCUUAAUGGAGGCGUGUGUGGACUCCGUGGAGUCUGCUAUCAAUGCUGAACGAGGAGGUGCAGGUCGACUUGAACUGUGUUCUAGUCUCCUGGAGGGAGGACUCACUCCCAGUCAAGGUCUGCUGCAGGUAGUGAAGCAGUAUGUCAAAAUUCCAGUCUACGUGAUGAUAAGGCCUCGUGGGGGGGACUUCCUGUACUCAGACCGGGAAGUGGAGGUGAUGAGGAAGGACAUAGAGCUGAUGAAGCGCCACGGGGCCGACGGACUAGUGCUGGGAGCCCUGACAGAGGAUGGACGGGUGGACGCGGAGCUCUGUAUGGAGUUACUGGCUGCUGCUCGACCUUUGCCUGUCACCUUCCACCGAGCUUUUGACAUGGUUCAUGACCCAGUGGUUGCUCUGGAGACUCUGAUAUCAUUAGGGUUCCAGCGUCUGUUGACAAGUGGCUGUGACAACUCUGCUUUGGAGGGACUCCCUCUCAUUAAACGGCUCGUCGAUCAAGCUAAAGAGAGAAUUGACAUCAUGCCAGGAGGGGGUAUCACUGAGAGGAACCUGCAGAGAAUUUUAGAGGGCUCGGGAGCUCAAGAGUUUCACUGCUCAGCCCGCUCCAGUAAGGAUUCUGCCAUGAAGUUCAGGAACACCUGUGUGACGAUGGGAGCUGCUUUCUCAGCACCAGAGUACGGCCUGAAGGUGGCAGAUGUGAGCAAGAAUUCUAUCUACAUAGGAAGCGGGUCGUCUUCAUGGAGCCAGCCGCCAUGUUUCUACAGUUGCCUGGAACGGAAAAAUCAGACACUGGCGCUAGAUAGGGCCAUUCACUUUUUCACGUCGGCCCCCGUAGUAGUUCUACACGCUUGGCACACGGGAGAAGUUGAAGUUGGUUGCAGUCUGCAACUUCACCGCUAGAUGUCACCAGAUCCUACACACUGCACCUUUAAGAUGACCUUUGCCUCUUCUAUACAGGAUACCGUGAUGAAAGGUAAAUUAAAUGUAUAAUGGAAACAAAGCUUCUCAGGCUGAAUAAGAAACAGUUUUCAAUCAAAUAUAUACACAUGUCCCGUUUCAAAUUGCUUCCAGCUCUCAAUUGUGCUCAUAAAAUUGCCUGAUUUUUCUACCCCCUCUUGAAGCUGUAUUCUGUGUUUACCUCCCCCCUCAACAUAGCUUCUCCCAGCUGCAGCUGAAAUCCCUGUUAAUAAAGUAACUGCACUUCACUAUUGUGCAACAAGCCUUCAGACUGAGCUGAUAGAUACUAAGGGAUAAUUAUUAUAGAAGGUCAUGCACAGUACCGUAGAUGUAAAUCCGAUUCAGUCACAGUGCUCUUCGAUUACAUAUGAGUUGUCUUCACGUGUCACAUGGCUAUCAUGGGGGCUGUACACACAAUGAGUCAGCUGCAUUACGACCAUGUAAUUAUUAACCACACAGAGUAAUCUGUUUUAGGGUCAUCACUGUCAGUGAAAGACUUUUCAAACACAUUCUUUAUUACAAACAAGUCUGCCUGAGUCAUGCUGAGUAUUCAUUACACUCUAUUGCAAUUCAAGCAUGGUUUUUUAUAAUGUUAGCUUGUUGACACUACCAAGGAUAAUCUUGUUCACCAAGUUAUCAGCCUGAGGAAUCAGCGCUGAAUUGUUUAUAUCUUCUCGGUUUAUGAGGCUGGAUGGCACACACACACACACGGAUCAUGACCUCAGCAAAACAACGCCGUUGAUUCAUUUUUGAGUCAUGUGUUCAUCUUCCUCUUUCCACACAGACAUGACAUACACACCAACAGCAAUGCUUUUUGUUUCUGUGGUUUGUGUUGAACUGGCGUCUGGAAGCGAUUUACCUCUGGACGGGUCUUUUAAAAAAAAAAAAAAAAAAAAUAGCCCAACAUCAACAUGGCCCA